AUGCAAAAUUAAAUAAUCAUAAAUAAUUUUGUACAAAUAAAAUAUUUGUUACGCAUUAUUGAGUUUACAUAAUCACUCAAAUAUUAUAUUUUGUUUAUUUACAUGCUCACUAUUCUUAAACAUAAUAGUAUGUAAAAUAUAAAAUCUUUAUUUUAAAGAAAUUUAAAGAAUAAAACUUUAUAUUUUUAUACUUUAAACUCAGAUAUUCAUAUAAAUAUUACGAUAAAUAUUUUUAUUUAUAUCAAUAUCACUUAAGAAAACUUAGUUUAAAUGAAUAUUUAAGUAUAUCCAAUGGCAAUCACAAGUGAAAAGGUUUUAAAAACUUAAGGAGAUAGUUCAGAAAAUGUGAUACCAGAUUCUGAUUAAGAAGAUAGUUUGUAGAGUCCCGUUUUAAAGGAAACACCAUCCUCAUCAUCCAAACCUCUCAAACAUAUACGAUUUAGUGGAACAAAUUAAUUAUGUUAUUUUCCUAAAAGUGGCAAAAAAGAUCUCUCACCAUCACCAACUAGAAAAAGCUAGCAAUCUAUUCAAUCAAUACUCAAAAAUAAAGAAAAAGUAAUUUUCUUCACAGAUGAAAAAUGA